GAAACCCUCUGGGACUAUUCAAUGCAACAUCUGCCAAGGGUGGCGACCCCUUUCACACCACUCCCCUGCGUUCAUAUAGCAUUUCUAAACGGACUUUUCGCCAGUGCAAUGACACAGCGAGGAGAGUGAGCGAGCAGAGAUAUCGGUAAAGGCUUUAUUGGACAACCCCGCAGUGACACCCCCCACCAGGCUUUUUUUUCUUCUCGGCUGUGCGCGCGCAGGAGCAGCUGUCAUUGGCGCUUGUGCCCGCGCGCUGCAUUUAGCGAGACUACCCUGUUUGAAGAUUAUGCUGCAGCUCUUGGCCAUCUUGUGUCAGACAGGAUGAGAGUGUGAAAAAAACACCUACAAGGAGAGGAGCGUUUUUUUUCUUCUCAACGUUGACAGGCGAAUACCACAGAGGCAAAAAUCACGUCUGCUAUCGGCGCUGUGUGUGUUGGAAAGACCUCGUACGAGCUGUGGAUUAUUCCUAGGACAUCACACUGAAACCAUGAGCUGGGGGACAGAGCUAUGGGAUCAGUUUGACAACUUGGAAAAACAUACACAGUGGGGGAUCGAGUUUGUGGAAAAGUACACCAAAUUUGUCAAGGAGAGAUCAGAAAUUGAAACCAACUAUGCAAAACAGAUUAGGAAUCUAUCAAAGAAAUAUCAGCCCAAGAAGAACUCCAAAGAAGAAGAAGAGAGCAAGUACACCUUCUGUCGAGCCUUCCUAACAACACUGAACGAGUUAAAUGAUUACGCAGGUCAACACGAAGUUAUUUCUGAGAACCUGACAUCUCUUAUCAUCACCGAACUUGCGCGCUACCUACAAGAACUCAAGACUGAGAGAAAAUCGCACUUCCAUGAUGGGCGUAAGGCACAGCAGCACAUUGAAAGCUCGUGGAAACAGCUGGAAGCGAGUAAAAAACGGUUUGAGAGGGAGUGUAAAGAGGCAGAAAGAGCACAGCAGUACUUUGAGAAGAUGGAUGCUGACAUUAACGUGACUAAGGCUGACGUGGAAAAGCGAAGUUUCCAUAAGGCACGACAGCAAGCUCAGAUGAGGCACCAGAUGGCUAGUGACAGUAAGAGCGAAUACGCCGCCUACCUGGAGAAGUUCAACAAGGAACAGAAUGAACAUUACUAUACAAUUAUUCCCAACAUAUUCCAGAAACUUCAAGACAUGGAGGAGAAAAGAAUUGAGAGGAUAUCAGUGUGCAUGAAGACAUUUGCAGACGUGGAUCGCCAGGUGCUGCCCAUUGUGGGAAAAUGUUUAGAUGGCAUGACAAAUGCUGCCGAGUCCAUUGAGCCCAAGGCUGACUCUAAGCAGGUGGUGGAGUCCUUCAAGUCUGGUUUCGAGCCCCCAGGAGAUGUAGAGUUUGAGGACUAUGGCCAGGCCAUGAAGAGGACAGUAUCUGAAACCAGCCUGUCCAACACCAAAGAGAGCAAAGAGAAGCCUGGUGUCAAGGCCAAAAGCAAACUGUGGCCUUUCAUUAAGAACAAGAACAAGCUUAUGUCCCUGUUAACGUCCCCCCACCAGCCCCCACCUGCCCCCCCAGCCUCAUCCCCACCCUCACCCUCUGCUGUUCCCAACGACCCCCAGUCUCCCAAGCAGCACAAGGAGCCCCUCUCCCACCGCCUCAACGACUUCAUGGCCUCCAAACCCAAAAUGCACUGCCUCCGGAGCCUGAGGCGAGGGCAACAAUCUCCGCGCUCUCUCAUUUAUCACAAAGAGCUAAUGAAGAGGACUCUGGGCAGACCCACGUAUGCUUUUGAAGCAAGGCAAUAUGUUCUUUCUCUCAAGCUGGGUUCUGCACCGGAGGACUUCAGUCACCUGCCGCCAGAGCAGAGGAGGAAGAAGCUGCAGGGCAAGAUCGAUGAGCUGAGUAAAGACAUACAAAAAGAAAUGGACCAGAGAGAUGCUUUGACUAAGAUGAAAGACGUGUAUAUAAAGAACCCUCAGAUGGGAGACCCGGCCAGUGUGGACCCCCGGCUAACAGAAAUAGGUCAAAACAUUGAGAAGCUCCAGUCUGAAGUACAGAAAUUUGAGGGCUGGUUAGCAGAGGUGGAGGAGAGGAUGCCGUCUAAGAGUGAUUCACACCGGAAAAGCGGACUCUAUGAGACCCAGAAUAGCACAACAGUGAGCAACAACUGUGCACAGGACAGAGAGAGGCCCCUGAGCAGCCCGGAUGGCAGCUACACAGAGGAGCAGAAUUCAGAGGUUCAGGUCAAAGCCCAACCCAUCCCCACCCCAACCACCACGACGGAGUUCGAUGACGAGUUUGAUGAUGAGGAGGUCCUGCCUACCAUCGGCACCUGCAAAGCCUUGUAUCCCUUCGAAGGUCACAAUGAGGGCACCAUCUCCGUGGCUGAGGGUGAGCUGUUGUACGUCAUAGAAGAAGACAAAGGAGAUGGCUGGACACGCGUGCGGAGGAACGAGGAUGAGGAGGGAUACGUGCCCACAUCCUACGUUGAAGUGUUUUUGGAAACGAAUGCCAAAGGUGCUAUGACAUACAUUUAACUCAGCAAGUUCUUGCUAUGACAGUUUUUGUUACUCUGUAUUCCAUUCACGUGCUGAACGAGUGGGGCAAGUUACAGAGAUUAUAGAUGCUAGUUCAGACACACACACACACACAGACACUUCACACCGCUCCACAAAGAAGGAGCAAUCGGAUUUGUCCAUUGUGCCUCAUAACAGUAGGAAAAGUUGUUUCUGGUAGCGUGAGCUGUGCCAAUCAGAUAUCAUGUCUAAGAAGUGUUUGAGGUGAAGCCUCUCUUAUUCACGGCAGUGCCACCUAGUGGUCAUUGAAAAUAAAACAUGGCACACUCAAAGCUCAUGAUGGCGCAAAUCAGCACCUAACAGUGAUCACCUGUAUAUUUGAGACAUUCAGUAUUUGAUUUUCUUUUAGGUUUUAAAAUGUUGAAUAACAAUAUUCUACUCAAAUAAAAACACUGUUAAUUAAGACUUUGAGCCAGAACUGUGGCCAAAGCUGAAUCUGUGUGGUGAUAAAUCAGCUGAGUGAAUGUAAGCACCAUGUGAAGAGGCAGUGACCAUCAACUCAAAGUUACAUUUUUAGACGUUAUUGUGUUUUGGUCACUUGACGUACCUAAAAAGAAAGAAUGCUCAAUGUGCAAUCAAGCAAAUGUAAUUUAAAUCAGCUGUACAGUAUGAAGACAUAUCAAGAGAUAUUUUUGUAGGUUAAACUAGAUUAAAAAUCAUGCUGCUGCCUCUCAAGUGUUGCAUGCUCUAGAUAAAUUACAGUGUUGUUACAACAAGAACAAGUUAUUUUCCCCUGUAAGGGGUCAUUUUUUUUAAAUAUUGUCCAGUUUAAUAACAUUAAUAGCCGCCUUAUAAUGUUUCCUUUUUCUAAAUUCACCUUUUGAUAAUGACAGUGUUGGGCUGUUCUGGUCCUUUUUUGCAGGCCAGUGGUAAAAGAAUAAAGGACUGAAGUAUUAGCUGAAGUAAACUAUGUAUGGUGAGGCUGAGCUGGGAUAUGGAGCUGGUCAUGACUCUAAAGCUUUGUGGUUUGUUUGCAUCGGUCUCUGAAGUGUUUACACUAAAAGCAUGGUGUGUGUAGCCUCUAGGUCGUUUCACUGCUCUGUUACUCUUUUCCAAGAUCAGGGCUCUCUCAAAAAUCAUACCAGAGCCUUUGUUUAACUCUCACUCUUUUAAAGACACAACUCACCUCAAAAUAGAAUUUACACAUUUUCCCUCUGGCCUCUAGUGCUAUUUUCUUACUGUGCAACUACAUCCACUAACUGUAAAAACCAUGCAGCUAGCUAACAUUAGCAGAGGGGGGCACCAUUGAUGUAAAUGGUAAAU